CCCAGAUCCGGUAGUGGGCAAAACCUCGAGCGGACUUUCGUGAUAAUCCUCGAGAAUGUACAACCGGUACAUCCCUCCUCCGAAGGAGCACAGAGCAUCAAACAAUUCACAAACAAUUCACCAAGCAUCCACUCCCGCAGGAGUCUCCUCCUCAAAACCGUAUACACGCUACAUCCCCGGCCAGGUCCCCAAGGUGCCAGAGCCGCCAGUACCUGCACAACCCCAACGGAUCGUAUUCAACGAUACCGACCUUAGUCCUGUCGAUCACAGUGCGAAGAAGCGAGAAAUAGACGAUGAGCUUACGGAUACGACAGAGGCGAAGAAGCCGAAGAAGUCAAAGUCCAAAAAGGCCAAGGAGGAGGCCGGCGGAGAUGGAGGGGAAAGCGAGUUGAAGGAGUCAAAGUCCCGCAGACGGAAGAGGAGUGGAGCGGAUCAGACUCGCCCUGCUCAACAACAUGUUGUGGAGACCUCGGACAUCGAAGAACGGGAACCGGAGCCGUCUGCUACCAACACCGAGCCGUCCACUGCCACCAAGGACGAACGGAAGCCAAAGCGGGAGAAGAAGAAGAAACGUAAAGCAGAUGACCAUAUGAACCCCGAUGGGACAGAUGCCGAAGCCGACGAAGUCCAUAAGAGGCAUAGGUCUGUCUUUGAGAAGGUUCAAAAGGCUCUGCAAGCCAAGAACCGCACGAAAGACGUUGAUGGCGAACUCAAUGAGGAUGGGCUUGAUGAGGAGGCGGCUGAGGCAGAAGUCGAACAUGGACUUGAGCCGUUGCCGCAACCGGACCCAGUUGUCGUUGAUGAGUCGAAGUUGACGUACGAAACCCUGCCACCAUGGCUUGCCUCUCCAAUACGAGUCGCCCCCGACAGGACACAGCCAUUUACAGAAUUAGGCAUUGCUCCGGAAUCUUCGGAAGUCCUCGCAUCAAGAGGGUUCAAGGAUGCGUUUGCAGUACAAACUGCGGUGCUUCCCCUCCUCUUGCCUUCUCCCGACAGGCAAGGCGACGUAGUCGUCGCAGCACCGACAGGGUCUGGAAAGACACUGUCGUAUGUGCUUCCCAUGGUUCACGAUAUUAGCAAAGGUCGUGUUACUAGGUUACGGGCGCUCAUCGUAUUGCCAACAAGAGACCUCGUGCAACAGGUGCAGCUAGCCUGCGAAGCGUGUGCAGCCGCCUUUACGGUCAAUGGAGGCAAGAGGGUCAAAAUUGGAACGGCAAUGGGCAACAGAGUCUUCAGGGAGGAGCAAUCCGCGAUAAUGGCGGAGGAGCAGAGAUAUGAUCCCCCGGGGUACGAGCGUUAUCUGCAGAAGCAGAAUAGCUUUGUCAACCUGGAGGACUCGGAUGAGGAAGAUGAAGGCCUUGACCUCAGGCGCUCUGAACCGCUCCCUUAUCAUGUUAUUACCUAUACUUCCAAAGUUGAUAUUCUCAUCUGCACACCUGGACGGCUUGUGGAGCAUAUCAUCAAAACGCCCGGGUUCACCCUCGAUUACGUCCGUUGGCUGAUUGUUGAUGAGGCCGACAAAUUGUUGGCGCAAGACUUUCAGCAAUGGCUCGAUAUUGUGACGGAAAAACUGAGCAUUGGGAAGCCCGGCGCCCGCGAUUUCACUGGAUCAAACAAGUCCGGUGUCCGCAAAGUCAUUCUGAGCGCGACAAUGACCCGAGAUCUCAGUUUGCUGAACGGACUGAAGCUAUUCCGGCCGAAACUGAUAGUCGUCGAGGGCACAAAGGCAGGCGAGCAGAGUCUGCCAGGCCUCCUCAAGGAGUUCGCCAUCAAAGUCCGCGAGCCGAGUCUGAAGCCACUGUACCUCGUCGAUCUCUUGCGAAGCGAGCACAUGACUGCCGUCAACCAUGAAGACGCCGCAGAUAGUGCCUCCGUGGGGUCCGAAACCAGGGACUCGGAGUCGUCCUCGGCAGAUUCCGAUUCCGAUUCCGAUUCGGACUCUGUCUCUGACUCUGGCUCCGAUUCUGAUUCAUCCUCAUCAGAGGACCACUAUCCCCAACGGACCACGACCAAACCGUCGUCAGCCAUUGGGAAGCAACCAGCUCUGUCAACAACAGUUCUAGUAUUCACCAAAUCUAACGAAGCCGCCCUGCGCCUCUCCCGCCUCCUGGCCCUUAUCGACCCGGAUUUAGCGCCCCUGAUCGGCACCCUGACCUCAUCAACUAAGACAUCCCGCCGAACCCGCACUCUGCGCGCCUUUUCGCAGGGUAAGCUGCGCAUCCUCGUGGCGUCCGACCUCGUGUCGCGCGGUAUCGACCUCCUCAACCUGGAACACGUCAUCAACUAUGACCUGCCUAUCAGUGAGACGUCGUAUGUCCAGCGUGUGGGGCGGACGGCACGGGCGGGCAAGAGCGGGUGUGCGUGGACGCUCCUGGAACAUGCCGAGGCGAGGCGAUUCUGGAGGGAUUUCGCUGGGGAAGGGAAAGGGGCUGUUACGAACAUUGUGAGGGCGGGCAAGGUGGAGAGGGUGAGGAUUGGCGGUGACAAUGAGGAUGGGGAGUUUGCGGAGGAGAGGAUCAAGCAGUAUGAGGCGGCUUUGGCGAGGCUCGCGAGGGAGGCUGCGGGCGGGAGCGGAGAGGCGACGAAGGAAAGAAACUGAGGGGUGGUUUGAGGCCAUCAUUCAGCAAGUCUUGGAGCUCACAGCGGCAGCGUCGGGCUGCGUGUAGCAUAUAAGUUGGGUUAAGAGAAUUUGGAUCAGGGAUUGAGAUGCGUUUAUUAGGGGCUCGAUCUUGCCAGCCCUCUGGAAGGGCCGGGUCUCGCAUGGUUAGAUCGAUGUCCGAGGGACGAGGAAACGGGAGAUGUCUCCGGCUCUUAUGCGGCCCCACUUCGGUGUUGCUGGCCCGGACUGCCAGCCGCCCCGGUCGAACUCCAGAUUAGGCUAGCUACCUUGUGAUUUGGACCUGUACCUAUUUGCGGAGUUCUAGCCGAACACAUAGUGUAAAUACAUUGAUCUGAACGUGUCAUUUCUAAAACACUCUUUUACUUUCCAUUAUUCGAU